AUGGAAAAGCCACGGGAACAAUAUACGCUUGAUGAGCAUGAUAUCUCAAAAGUAGAUGUUUGCCGAAAGUAUCAGAGAUCUCUUGCAGCCUAUGAACAAGCCAUAAGUCGGCACUGGGAAGCCUGUAUUAGGUAUACCAACCAAGCAGAACGUUAUGUUGGGAUGACUCUUUCGUACAACAAGAAGGCAAAACUGUAUUUGCAGACCUUUUCACAAAGCCCCCAGAAUUCUGGGGUAUCAAAUGACAUUGAACUGCCUUUUCCUCCGGCAAUUCCCAAGGUUGCUGUAAUGCCAAUCGCCCCUAAACGCAAUUUAGUGAUCUCAACGCCUUUUCCCCCUACAGUAAGCUCAUCGCAAUGUCAGACUACUUAUGAGGAUGGCAUGAUUCUCAAACGUCUUCAAGCUCUGGAUCGUAUGGAACAUGAAUGCAGACACAUGAUUGCGAGCGCAAAUGCACGAAUCGGUGUGGCAAGACGCCAAAUCGACACUGCCAGUGGUGAGAUUGAGAGUCCGAUGAUUAAUGCCCACAAUUUAGCUAUCCGGACCAAGACUGGGAUAAUCAAGCGGAAGGAACCAGAGGAUGUGUCAAUGGGUCCGAAUAAGAGACAGCGUACCGGUGAACUAGCUCUUCGAACCAAGAGCAGUUAG